CCAUCUUAGAUGAGCUCGGGCCCAGCGAAGCCGGCGGCGUUUCUGGGUGUUGUUGAUAAAUAGCUUGGGCUUUGCAUAGUAGAGUUUUAACUUGCACUUACAGAUGUAGCGACCAACUGUAGUUACUGACAGUGGUUUUCUGAAGUGUUCCUGAGCCAAUGUGGUGAUAUCCUUUACACACUGAUGUUUGUUUUUGAUGCAGUACCGCCUGAGGGAUCGAAGGUCACAGGCAUUCAAUGUUGAUUUUCAGCCUUGCUGCUUACAUGCAGUGAGUUCUCCAGAUUAUCUGAACCUUUUGAUGAUAUUACGGACCGUAGAUGGUGAAAUCCCUAAAUUCCUUGCGAUAGCUGGUUGAGAAAUGUUGUUCUUAAACGAUUUGCUCACGCAUUUGUUGACAAAGCGUUGACCCUCGCCCCAUCCUUGUUUGUGAAUGACUGAGCAUUUCGUGUAAGCUGCUUUUACACCCAAUCAUGGCACCCACCUGUUCCCAAUUAGCCUGUUCACCUGUGGGAUGUUCCAAAUAAGUGUUUGAUGAGCAUUCCUCAACUUUAUCAGUAUUUAUUGCCACCUUUCCCAACUUCUUUGUCACGUGUUGCUGGCAUCAAAUUCUAAAGUUAAUGAUUAUUUGCACAAAAAAAAAUCUUUAUCAGUUUGAACAUCAAAUAUGUUGUCUUUGUAGCAUAUUCAACUGAAUAUGGCUUGAAAAUUAUUUGCAAAUCGUUGUAUUCCGUUUAUAUUUACAUCUAACACAAUUUCCCAACUCAUAUGGAAACGGGGUUUGUAGCCUGUUCACCUGUUGGAUGAGCAUUCCUCAACUUUCUCAGUCUUUUUUGCCACUUGUGCCAUCUUUUUUGAAAUAUGAUGCAGGCAUCAAGUUCCGAAUGAGCUAAUAUUUGCACAAAAAAAAAAGUUUUUCUUCAACGUUAAAUAUCUUGUCUUUGCAGUCUAUUCUAAUGAAUAUAAGUUGAAAAGGAUUUGCAAAUCAUUGUAUUCUGUUUUUAUUUAUGAUUUACACAACGUGCCAACUUCGCUGGUUUUGUACUUUUGUGCUAUUUGUAAACAAAUAUAAAGUGUAAGAAAAGCACCAUUUUACAAGGCAAAAAUGGCAACACAAUGGGAAGAAAAGGUGUGAUUUUACGGGGGGGGAAGUAAUAUAAUGAAGGAAAAAAAGAAAGUUAUUAUAAAAAUAGAAAAUGGGAAAGAAUGGAAAAUGACAUUUUAGUAAUCUAACGAAAAUGAGGCGAUAUUCCUGAAACGAUGAAGAAAAAUGUUGUUUGGACUGAAACAUAAAUAUUGAUGUUCUUUUUCUGAGGUGGAAGGAGAAAAAAAAGAGUCAAGUGUAAAAGUGAUCAAAUAGUCUCAUAAGAAGAGGACUGGGUGAGUGGAGCCCUUCCCAUUCCCUUUAAAGGAGCGUGUCUUCAACCAAACAUGGACGUGUGCUCUUUCCCAGGAUUGCCAAGAAUGUCCCAGCCUCUCGCCGGCGAGACGCGAGACGCUUCUUGCACUCCCGUCAGGGGCCAGAAUGUGCGAGGCCUGACCAGGAUGGGCCGCCAGGUCAGCGAGGACCCGGACCUGGACAACCUGCUGUCCACUUUGUCCCCGGAGGAGAUGGAGGAGCUGGAGAAGGACAUGAUGAAGGUGCCUGACCUCAACCUGGAGCGACCUCAAGAGGAGACCUUGGCGCUGGAGCCAAAGAAGGAAUGUCGGAAGCAGGAACACCUGAGGAAGAUGGGCCUGAGCCAGGAGGGCAACCAAGAUGGGAAAGUCCGAAGACCAGCAGACACGAACGCUGUAGGUCCGGAAGUCUUGAAACAGGAGCGAGGUCGUCUCUCGGAAAGAUUCAUGAAGCAGGAGAGCGCAGAGAGUGAGGACAGCAGGACGAGGGACAGGAGGGAAAACCGCGAGAGCACCGGCAGCAAAACGAGGGACGUGGUCUCCAAGUUACAGGAGAAGAAGGAAGACAGCGGCAGGGAGAAGGACUGCAGGAAGAGGGACGACAGCAAAACCAAGGACAUUAUCUCCAGGCUUCGAGAGAAGAGUGAGAAGGAAGUCGGGAAGGACAGAGAGCGGCGGUCUGAGAGCUUUAGGACGCAGGGUUUAGUUUCUAGGAUGUUGGAGAAGCAGAGCAAAGCCCAGGAGAACCAAGAGAAGAAAGCCGAAGAGAAGAUGAUUACUCGUAAGUUGGAGCGACAAGUUUCCCAGAAGGAGGAGAAAGCUGGACCGGAUGCAGAAGAACUGCUCAACCACAGCGAGCACGUGACAGAGAAGAAGACGGAAAAUGUUCAAGUCCAAACCGGGGAGAAACUCGCCAACUGCGUGGCCCAAAACGCCAAAACCAACGAGCAGGAGGACGAGGACGAAGACUCCAGCAUGUUCGACGAGUUGAUGCAGCAGCUCCGACACGACGACCCGUCUCUCGUGGAGCUCAACGUCAACAACUCCGAGGUCAUCAAGACCAAGACGCUCAUGGAGUUUGCCGAGGCCCUGCGCGGCAACACCCACGUCAAGAAGGUGGCGCUGGCCAACUGCCGCGCCGACGACCACGUGGCCUACGCCGUCGCCGGCACGCUGCGCCACAACGCCACCGUCACCAGCAUCAACCUGGACUCCAACCAUCUCACCGGCAAAGGCAUCCUGGCGCUCAUCCAGGCGCUGCAGCACAACGCCACCCUGACCGAGCUGCGCUUCCAGAACCAGCGCCACAUCUGCGGCGGCAAGACGGAGAUGGAGAUGAUCAAGAUCCUGAAGGAGAACACCACCUUGCUCAAACUGGGCUACCACUUCGAGCUGGCCGGGCCCAGGAUGACCACCACCAACAUCCUCAGCCGCAAUAUGGACCGGCAGCGGCAGAAGCGCCUGCAGGAGCAGAAGCAGGCGCAGAGCAGCAACGGUGACAAGAAGGAGUCGCUGGAGCUACCCAAGGUGGGCGCUGUAGGAUCUCUGAGAAGCUCCCCUAAACCGUCCCCGAUGGCUUCACCGAUGCCCUCGCCCAAGCUGAGCCCCAAGAGGAGUGUCGGGGCGCCACCGCCACCCCCGCCGCCCCCUGGGGGAGGUCUCCCACCCCCGGCGCCCCCUGGGGGAGGUCUCCCACCCCCGCCGCCCCCUGGGGGAGGUCUCCCACCCCCGGCGCCUCCCAUGCUGGAAGUAGACUCCUUGAGGAAUUCCCUGACUCCGGUGUCGCGGAGGAGCCUGGACGGGAAGGGCCGAGGUGCUUGCAAGAACUCCAGGGACCAACUGCUGGCCUCCAUCAGGGGGAGCAACGUCAUGCAGCUCAAGAAGGUGCCGGUCCCCAAGUGGCUCCAGUAGGCUUUCCUGGGCGGGAUCUGGAAAAGGAAGCAGGAGUUAAACCGUCCCUCCAGGACGCAGCCUAAAGAGCCAAGGAUGAAGGAUGGAGGACAUGGCUGGCCUUUUUUUUUUAUUUUUACAAACACUGGACCAAAAUGGACCCUGCACAGAUCGGGCACUGCGACGGUGGAAUUUGGGGUACAGGAGGGUGCCGCCCACUUGUAGUCUAUAGAGAGCUUGUUUGUGUUCUUGGACGCUUUGCUGGUUAUUUGCACUAAUAGGUGACAUAUGAAGACCACCAUACACAUGACAUGUAUGUGAUGUGUAACGCAACACGUAUGUUACAUCUAUGUAACAAUUAUAUACAUAUAGCAUGUACACUACCGUUCAAAAGUUUGGGGUCACCCAAACAAUUUUGUGGAAUAUCCUUCAUUUCUAAGAACAAUGUCGAGUUUCAGAUGAGAGUUCUCUUUUUCUGGCCAUUUUGAGCGUUUAAUUGACACCACAAAUGUGAUGCUCCAGAAACUCAAUCUGCUCAAAGGAAGGUCAGUUUUGUAGCUUCUGCAACGAGCUAAACUGUUUUCAGAUGUGUGAACAUGAUUGCACAAGGGUUUUCUAAUCAUCAAUUAGCCUUCUGAGCCAAUGAGCAAACACAUUGUACCAUUAGAACACUGGAGUGAUAGUUGCUGGAAAUGGGUCUCUAUACACCUAUGUAGAUAUUGCACCAAAAAGCAGACAUUUGCAGCUAGAAUAGUCAUUUACCACAUUAGCAAUGUAUAGAGUGUAUUUCUUUAAAGUUAAGACUAGUUUAAAGUUAUCUUCAUUGAAAAAUAAGGACAUUUCAAUGUGACCCCAAACUUUUGAACGGUAGUGUAUGUAUCACAUACAUGACAUAACAUUUUUACAUAUAUGUAACAUGUACAACAUAUGUAACAUCCAGCAUGUUGCAUAUACAUAACAUGUAUCUAUCACAUAUGUAACACACAUGUAACGUACAUGUUGCAUAUAAAUAACAUGUAUGUGAUGUGUAACAUGUAUGUAACAUGUUACAUCUAUGUAACAAUUAUAUACAAAUAGCAUGUAUGUAACACAUACAUUACAUGUAUGUAACAUUUUUACAUAUAUGUAACAUGUACAACAUAUGUAACAUAUCCAGCAUGUAUGUAACAUGCAUGUUGCAUAUACAUAACAUGUAUGUAACAUGUAUGUAACGUAUAUGUUGCAUAUGCAUAACCGGUAUGCAACAUACAUAACAUGUGUGCGACGUGUAUGUAACGUGUUUAAUAUUAUGUAAUGUGUAACAUUAAUGUUACAUAUACAUAACACAUAUGUAACAUAUCUUGCGUGUAUGUAACAUAAGUUGCAUAUACAUACAAUGUAUGUAGCAUAUCUGCCAUGUAUGCGAUGUGUAUGUAAAAUGUGUUUAAUAUUAUGUAAUGUGUAACAUUAAUGUUACAUAUACAUAACACAUAUGUAACAUAUCUUGCGUGUAUGUGACAUAAGUUGCAUAUACAUAAAAUGUAUGUAACAUAUCUGCCAUGUAUGCGACGUGUAUGUAAAAUGUGUUUAAUAUUAUGUAAUGUGUAACAUUUAUGUUACAUAUACAUAACACAUAUGUAACAUAUCUAGCAUGUAUGUGACAUAUGUUGCAUAUAUAUAAUGUAUAUCACGUAUGUAACAUAUAUAUAUGUGAGGUGUAUGUAACAUGCAUGUAACAUGUUACAUCUAUAACAAUUAUAUGCAUAUAGCAUGUAGGUAACGCAUACAUGACAUGUAUGUCACGUAACAUUUUCACAUAUAUGAAACAUGUACAACAUAUGUAACAUAUCCACCAUGUAUGCAACAUGCAUGUUGCAUAUACAUAGCAUGAAUGUAACAUAGAUGUAACAGGUAUGUAACAUAUGUGUUGCAUAUACAUAACCGGUAUGUAACAUACAUAACAUGUAUGCGACGUGUAUGUAACAUGUGUUUAAUAUUAUGUAAUGUGUAACAUUUAUGUUACAUACACAUAACACAUGUAACAUAUCUAGCAUGUAUGUAACAUAAGUUGCAUAUACAUAAAAUGUAACAUAUCUGCCAUGUAUGUAACAUGUAUGUGACAUGUCACAUAUGUUGCAUAUACAUAACAUGUAUAAUGUAUAUCAUGUAUGUUACAUACACCUCACAUGUAUGUGAGGUGUAUGUAACAUGCAAGUAACAUUUGUUACAUAUA